ACCACCCCCUCCGGGCGCUCGGCGCGGGCGUGAGCCUCUUGUGGGCACCAGAGGCUUCCUGCACGGCCGAGGCAAAGGCGCGGGGACCCGAUCCGAAAGGUUGCCUGAAUGGGGGGCGCCCUGGCGUGGGUGCUGCCGGUGCGGUCGCUGCUGCUGCUGCUGCUGCUGCUGCUGCUGCUGAACCCAGGAAAUCAGGGAUGGUCAUGCAGCCUGUUCUCAGGGCCAAUGCCCGUGGACUGGACCAGGGAGUUUGAGGGCACCUGCCUGAAUUUCAGUGGCCUGCUCCGGAGCGGAUCCUCCAACCAGUCUCUCCCGAGCCUGCCCUCCAACCAGUCUCUCCGGGCCAGCGGCCUGCAGAUCCUGGACUUGUCCGCCAAUGACCUGCGGGAGCUCCCGCCGCUCUUCUUUGCCCACCUCGACAAGCUGCAGCUCCUGGAUGUGACAGGCAACCGGCUGAGCAGGGUGGACGGGGCGCUGGCCCUGCGCUGUGGCCUUGAGCUGAGGGCAGACUGCAGCUGUGCCAUGCUGCCCUGGCACCAGGUCUGGCAGAGCAACUGCUCUGGACAGCAAGCUCCGCAGUGCCUGCUCAGGGCCACUGGGGCCUGGCAGAACCUCUCAGCCUUCCUGGAACCCAACUGUGCCCCUGGCCUGUCCCCAGUGACUAUUGGGGCCAUUGCAGCCGGUGGGGCCCUAUUUCUUGGACUUGCUGUCGCUGGUCCACUGCUGGUCUGGAGGCUCCGGGGGAGCCGAGGGGCCAGGAGCCUGGGCCCGGGCAAAGCCUCGGGUGCUCAGGAUGGCUCCAGACCCAGCUCGGGCUCACAGCCAAGGUACAGCAGCCGCAGCCUGGGCACCAAGCCCCCAGGGGCCACCCUGCACCGCAUCUCCGUGCCUGACUAUGAGAACAUAUUCCUGGACCAGCAAGAGGACAAGCACCAAUGGGCUGGACAUGGGGCUCAGGCUGCAGAGGAAGGCGACUUCUAUGUGAACUUCGAGGGCGGCCACGGCGACUCGCAUCCCGUCUACUGCAACCUGCUGUCCCUGCGCCGCGCCACCGGGGCCGGGGAGGCGCGCGCCACCCCCAGGCGCUGAGCCGGUGGCGGAGCCUUGGUCCUCCAGGCCCUGCUGGGGCCCCGGGCCUCAGUCUCCCCGUGGGACCAAUGGGGACAGAGAAGGUCCAUCCUGGAGAAGGGCCAUCCUUUGACAACACCAUGUCACCCCCCUCUCGAUGUCGCGGAGGUGCUCAAUAAAUG